AUGGCAGUGCCUUCUUUAUCAGCCCAGAACACGUUCAAUUGUUCAGUCUGUCUGGAUCUAUUGAGGGAUCCAGUGACGAUUCCCUGUGGACACAGUUACUGUACGGGCUGUAUUAAGGACUACUGGGAUCAGGAUGAUCAGAGAGGAGUCUACAGCUGCCCCCAGUGUAGACAGACCUUCGCCCCAAGACCUGUUCUUAAAAAAAAUACCAUGUUGGCUGAACUGACUGAGAGACUGAGGGAGACAGGACUCCAGGCUGCUCCUCCUGUCGUCUGUUAUGCUGGACCUGGAGAUGUGGAGUGUGACAUCUGCACUGGGAGAAAACUCAAAGCCGUCAAAUCCUGUCUGGUGUGUCUGGCCUCUUACUGUGAAACUCACCUCCAAACUCACUAUGAAUCUCCUGCCUUAAAGAAACACACGCUGGUCAAAGCCUCCACACGACUACAGGACAAGAUCUGCCCUGAACAUGGCAAACUAGUAGAGAUUUACUGUCGCGCUGACCAAGAAACGAUCUGCUAUCUGUGUGCAGUGGAUGAACAUAAAGGCCAUGAUACAGUCUCAGCAGCAGCUGAAAGGACUGAGAAACAGACACAGCUGGGAGAGACCCAAAGAAAAUGUCAGCAGAGAAUCCAGGAGAGAGAGAAGGAGCUGCAGGAGCUGAAACAGGCUGUGAAGUCUCUCAGGAUCUCUGCACAGACAGCAGUGGAGGACAGUGAGAGGAUCUUCACUGAGAUGAUCCAGUUGAUUGAGACAAGACGCUCUGAGGUGACAGAGCAGAUCAGAGCUGAAGAAAGGGCUGAAUUGAGAUCAGUUGAAAGUCACAUUAAGAAACUGGAGCAGGAGAUUUCUGAGCUGAGGAAGAGAGACACUGAGCUGGAGAAGCUUUCACACACAGAGGAUCACAUCCAUUUCCUCCAGAGUUUCCAGUCUCUCUCCGUUCAUUCAGGAGUUAAAGAGUUACGCAGCAUGACUGUCAAUCCAGUCUUCUCUUUUGAAGAUGUGAGGAAAUCUGCCUCCGAAAUGAAAAAGAGAAUCGAGAAAUUCCUCAAUGAAGAGACAGUCAAGAUAUCAGAAAAAGUUCCAAGAGAUGAGGUUCUCUUGCUUCCUGAGCCCAAAACCAGAAAGGAUUUCUUACAGUAUUCCUGUCAGCUCACACUGGAUCCCAACACAGCAAAUGUGUACCUCUGUCUGUCUGAGGGGAACAAAAAGGUGACAGUGAGUGAAAGCCCACAAGCAUAUCCUGAUCAUUCACAGAGAUUUGAUUGGUGGAAGCAAGUCCUCUGCAGACAGGUACUGUCUGGACGGUGUUACUGGGAGGUAGAAUGGACUGGGAGGGUGUUUAUCUCAGUCUCGUAUAAAAACAUCAAGAGAAAAACAGAAGGUAAUGAAAGUGGGUUUGGUCGGAAUAAUCAGUCCUGGAGUUUGGUCUGUAAUCACACCUGUUACACCUUCAGACACAAUGAUAUUCGGACUAAAAUCCCGGUGGUUCCCAGUGGCUCCAGAAUAGGUGUGUAUUUGGAUCACGGGGCGGGAACUCUGUCCUUCUACAGUGUCUCUAGGACAAUGACCCUCCUCCACAGAGUCCAGACCACAUUCACUCAGCCCCUCUGUGCUGGAUUCUGGCUCAGUUUUCCAUCAGCUGUUGAGAUCUGCAACUUUUAA